UCUCAUGAGACCAAUAUUACUGAGGAUUUAUUAUUCAUAAGCCCAUGUAGGGCCCAACCCGUUCUUUCACAAUACAUCAAUGUUUACGAUAGUCACGUCAUGCAUCCGCCGAGAAUGAUCUUGGCCCAGCAAGUGCCAACCUUCAUCUGGUCUAUAUAACAGGAUCGUUGAACCUCGCUUGCCCGCCAAAAUCCUCAGUCUCUUUACCUUUUGCCCGCUCAAAUUCAUAUUCCUAUCCCACUUGCCCGCGUAAAUCCUGGGUUUUCAUCCUUUACUUUGCCCCAGAAGCACCCUUUUGACUGAACCCUAUCCGCCGCAUAUAAUUAUAUCAAGCAUGCAACUCAAGAGUCUCAUUUUCCUUGCUCUAGCAACAACGGCUUUAGCCCUCCCUUCUCCCACCAACGACAAGGACAAGAAAAAGCAUUGGGACCACAACAACGAUUGGGAGAACCACGACGACAAGAAUGACAACGAGACCAACAGUACUACUGCUUGCCCGCCUCAAAGUCCCGUCAUUGGAUUAUCCGAGUGUGUCAUUAAAUGUCUAGACAGCUAUAAUCUGCGAGCUGCUACAAACAUUGGAGCAAUUGUCACCGCUGUGUGUACGUACCCGCAGGAAUAUUUUGAUGGCGGGUGGAAAAACACCCAGAAUCCGAAUGAUUUUGGAUACUGCGAGAAGAACUGCCCAGAUGGUUCUCAGUUGGUGUCAAUGCUUGGCUAUCUCCGAAACAGCACAUUGUGCAACAUCAACAUUCCAGGCAUUACUCUGCCGCAUCCUUCAAUAAACACUGGUGAAGAACCAGGUUCAGCAACAGCGACCGCGACAGCUACAGCCGCCGAUGCUUUCUGGGGAAAUACACAAGAAAAGUAAAGUAUCCGAUCAAAAGAUGCCAAUGACCCAGAUGAAUUGUAAAAUGGAUGAUUGUAAAGUUUAUGUAAAGUAAAAAAAACCUGUACACAUGUUAAAUAGUAGUAGUAAGUCAUGAUCCUAGUGCUCAUUACCUUAUGCAAUUGGGUAUUUAUUCCAACUUCU